AUGGCGCGCUUCACGCCGAAACCACGAAAACAAAAAGCCCGCCGGGAGGCCGCUGAGGCCGCUCAAGCCAUCUCCUCCGCCACCAGCCAAGCCUCCAACGACGCCAACGCCGCAAUCAUCGUCCCAGACUCGACCAAGUCAGAACGAGAAGAGAAGAAGCGGAUCUUACGAGACACACUUCGACGAGAGCAAGCAGGCAAGCCCUCGGCGAAAAAACAAAAGAGAUUGGACAAGUAUAUUGAGAACAAGUUGAAGAGGGAUGAGAAUCUGGAGGUGUUGAGGUUGCUAGAGGCGGAGAAGGUGAAGGAGGAUGAGCGGAGGCGGUCGGAGGGUGAAGUUGUGGUCAGAAGCGUACCUGGCGGUGUGAUUGGAAAGCGAGGGCGAGAAGCGGAAGCGGAGUCUGCGUCGAAGGCGAGGAAGAGGCGGAGGACUACGCACGAGGUUCAUACGCCGGACGAACACGAGAGUAGCGAUGAGGAUGCGGAAAGUGAGGAUUCGUUCGAAGAGGACCACCCAGAGAUGUUUGAGGGCGAAACAGAUGUUUCAAGAGCACUGGGAAAUCCACGAUCAACGGCUCAGGUGGGCAGUGGCCUGGCGCAGCCGCUCCAACUUGGAUCUGAUGGGCUACCCAUUCUGCCAGUGAAGCCUGGACGGCGGAAAGCGGGAACGCUCACUUCGACGGAGCACGUACGCAGGCGAAGUUCCGACACUAAGGAGGACUCUGAGGGCAGCGACGUGGGCGAAGAAGAGUCAGACUGGGAAGGAUUCUCGGACAAUGAACCAAAACCGCAAGUGGAGGAAGACACGAAGGCGAGGAGGCUGGCAAUCAUACAGCAGAUAAUGGCACAGGAGGACUCCGAUGACGACGACGAGGAUAGCUCAGCUCAGGACUCCGAAGUGGAGCCUGCUGAGGAGAGCAGCAUGAGCGACACGGACGUAAGCUCGGCAGGAAACGACGACAGCGAUACUGAUCCGACGAGCGAGCACGAUUCGGCGGAUGAGUCAGACACAGCAGAGCAUGAACCUUCAAUAUCUGCCUUCAAGGCAUGGGCGACGCAGCAACUCAACCAAUCGUUGGGCCACACUCCUUCCUACGAGGCGGGCAAUCUCCCCACACAGACAAUGACCACUGAUGAGCAAAAUCAGCCCAUUCCCAGGCCGCCGACCAUUAAUCCAAUACUCGGCACAAUACCGGCACCAACAGAACCAGCCAGACAGGCAUACUCCGUCCAUGUCGACAGAACAGCUGAAAUACAAGCCUCCCGAUCUGAGCUACCCAUUCUCCAGCGAGAGCAAGAGAUCAUGGAGGCAAUCUACAACAAUCCUGUGGUGAUCAUCAAGGGCGACACGGGCAGCGGCAAGACCACACAAAUACCGCAGUUCCUAUACGAAGCUGGAUUUGGUGCGCGUGACGGUCCGACACCUGGCAUGAUCGGCAUCACUCAGCCCCGGCGAGUUGCAGCCGUCGGUUACCAGAUUCGGUUUGACAGCAAGGUGACCUCGCAGACGGCGGUCAAGUUCAUGACAGAUGGCGUGCUACUACGAGAACUGUCGCAAGAUGUGCUGCUCAAGAAGUAUUCGGUCAUCGUGAUCGAUGAAGCACACGAAAGGAGCAUCAACACGGAUCUGCUGAUCGGGAUAUUGAGCAAGGUAGUCCCAGCAAGAUUGAAGAAGACGAAAUUCAACCCAGAGCCAACGCCAUUGAAGCUCAUCAUCAUGUCUGCAACGCUGAAUCUCUCAGACUUCGUGCACGAUAGGCUCUUCGACUCGCAAUCUAAGCCACCGGUCGUGGAAGCCGAAGGACGGCAGCAUCGAGUUACCACCCAUUUUGCUCUUCGAUCACGCGCAGAUUAUCUGGACGAGGUCGUUGAGAAAGUCCGACGGGCUCACCACAAGCUACCGAGAGGUGGUAUGCUGGUAUUUCUCACUGGUCAGAAUGAAAUUAGACAAGUCGGCGAACGAUUACAGAAAGUGUUGCGCGUAUCCAGCGAUCCCUUUCCGGCGACUCAGACCCAAAUCUCGUCGAGAGACAUCCCACAAGAGGUAGAAGAUCUGGAGAUCGAGACCAUCAAGCAAUUGAGCAAGAGUGAUGGUUACCGAGACGACUUUGAUGAGGUGGAAUUCGUCACUGGCUCGGAUGAAGAGGAGGAAGAAGACGAGUUUGACAUCUCAGAUGACGAAGAAGAGCCAGAGACAGCUUCUCGCAAGGCACACGCGACUGCCAAACCGAUGGCUUCCAAAGAUCCUUACAUCUCAGUACAUAUUCUCCCAUUGUACUCCCAGCUACCGACAAAGGAGCAACUCCGUGUCUUCGAUCCUCCGCCGGAACACGCGCGCCAAAUCAUAUUGUCCACGAACGUUGCCGAAACCUCUCUCACCAUCCCAGGCAUCCGCUAUGUCUUCGACACGGGGCGCAGCAAAGAAAGAAAGUACAACCUUGACACCGGCGUGCAGAGCUUCGAGAUCGACUGGAUCAGCAAAGCCAGCGCCGCACAGAGAGCUGGGCGAGCCGGCCGGACCGGCCCUGGCCACUGCUGGCGCUUGUACACAUCCGCGGUCUACGAGCAGUUCUUCGCUGAUCAUGCUGAGCCUCAGAUCCUGCGUGCGCCGGCCGAGUCAAUCGUGCUGCAGCUGAAGAGCUUGAAGUAUCCGAAAGCGAUCACGGAGUUUCCGUUCCCCUCAAGUCCAGCUCAUGAGACGCUGACCAAGGCUGAGAAGCUGCUGAGAAACCUUGGUGCAUUGAGCUUCCAGGGGAAGAUCACGGCUCUGGAUCGUGUCUCUGGCUUGCAGAACCCAAUUCUGCUGCCGCAUGCUCUCGCGCUCGUCUCGGGCCUAGCGAUUCAGGAAGUCUUCUACAACGAGGCACAACUCGACCUUGUUGGAACCACGCAGCACGAAGACGGAAAGAUCUACUUGCGCGAACAGCAACAAGAAGAUGAAGCCAGAGACCAACGCAAACAAGCAUUUGGACGAGCGCGAGCUACUUUGAGCAAGCACGACAAACUGUCUGAUGCCAUGAAGCUACUGACUGCCGUCACGAUGUAUGUCGCCGCGGAGGACAAGGAAAGCUUUUGCGAGCAAUACUUCCUCCGAUCGAAAGCCAUGUUCGAGGUCUCUCAGCUCUACCGCCAACUCCUGAACAUCGUCUGCGUCAAGAAUCCGGCCUUGCAACUCCUCGCGAAGCCCGUAAAGCUAUCUUCCAAGGACGCUCGUUCUCUGAACCACAUCGCGGCUGCGGGCUACAUCGACCAAGUCGCCAUCCGCGCCGACCUCGCACCACAACCACCGGAGAUCCUCACGAAGCCGCGUCGAGCAAUAGAUGUUCCUUACCUCCCUCUCCAACCCUUGACCGACCGCCGCAAUGCUGGCUUGCCCGAGAAAGCAGUCUUCAUCCAUCCGAGCUCCCUCCUCGCCAAACAGCCACCGAAGGAUCUGCCAAUGUAUGUCGUCUACAGCCACCUGCAGAAAUCGCAGCCUCAAGCCGUGGGAAGCGAGAGCGUACCCAAGACGCGCAUGUUCCCACUUACGCCAAUCAGUGGUGAUGGCUUGGCGGCGCUAGCGAAAGAUACAGCUUUGCUGGAGUAUGGAAGGGUAGUGACGAACAUGAAGAUUGUUGAGUUGCGAGGGGUGCCGAAGCGGAGGGAGUGUUGGGUCAUGGUUGAGCUGAAGAGUGGUGUGCUGGAUCUGAAGAGUGCGAGUGGGUGGCGGGUGGAGGAGGUCUUGGGGUCGUAG